AUACGUCAACGUGUCUUACUUUGAUAGCUGUAGCUGCAUUCGUCGGCUGUUACGUUUCAAUACAUAGGCACAUUUUUUUGUUUUUUAAGCUAACCCAGCUAGCUAGCCUCCGAUAACGCAACGUGUCAACUCCUUACAAACCUGGUGGUUUAUAGUUACAGGGCUUAUAUCUAAGAAAACCGGAUGCAAUCUUUCAUUGAAAUGAGGACUUGUAUCUGUCACAACCCCAGUCUUAAAACGGUCUACUUUUAGAACUAGCUAAAGCUGCUCGCUAACGUUACCGCCCACUGCGAUGGCUAUUUGUGGAAAGCGAUUGUAGACGAGUCAGAUUUGUGUAUUUCUUAUGUUAAAAUUAGUAUAUAAUGAAUGUGGCUUGUCAUACAUGCACUAUGCCGAAAUAAUAAUUGUCUCAAUCAGGAUCCAUAAUUCGUUCAUUGAAGCCCCAUGGUGCGUUUGGUUUCGCUUCAUUAUUUAAAGUGGUAGAUUUUUGAAUGGGGUUUGGUUAUGCAUCUCUGGCAAAACAUCGGGGAAUUGGGCUAGUGUUAGCUAACUUAGUCGGACUUGGUCCUUCCUUGUCAAAUAGCAUUAGCAUUGUUCAAUAAAGUAAGAUGUCGAAGUAAACAAUCAAACCUUGUAUUGCAAUUUAACUAACCUGGCAGAAGCUGUUUGCCAUAGAGUGGACUUUGCCAGGUCACAACUUCCUGUAAGCGGAUGACCUGACGACAUCUGGCUCCCUCCAUCAUCCAAGCUCUGUCGGGUAGGACAACUCCCCCACAUCUUCCCAGAGAGUGCUACAUCCUCAUUUUCCAAAGACCUCCAACACCCCGGAAUUAACCGGUCCCAGCCCCACAGAGACCCUCUGCCAACCCGCUUCACAAAAAAAGUGACAAUGUAUUGCUUACAGUGGCUACUUCCUGUGCUGCUCAUCCCCAAGCCGCUGAACCCAGCGCUGUGGUUCAACCACUCCAUGUUCAUGGGCUUCUACCUGCUCAGCUUUCUGCUGGAGAGGAAGCCCUGCACCAUCUGUGCCUUGGUCUUCCUCGCGGCCCUCUUCCUCAUCUGCUACAGUUGCUGGGGCAACUGCUUCCUGUACCACUGCCAGGACACGGCACUGCCGGACAGCGCCCAUGACCCAGCGAUUGUCGGGACUUAAGAGCGGAGAGAGACAUCGGAAAGGGGAAUGGGGGGUGCAAAGGGUGAUGAGGCAUUGCUUGGGAAAGAUUUUGCCAUGCUGUAAAUGGGGACAGGCUACACUUCUAGGGGUUUGAGAGCAGUGUAGAAGAGAUGUUAGAGGACUGCGGGAUGGGAACACUGCAAAUACAGACGGCACUCGGACAAAAGCGGUAUUGAGGAAGAAAAGAGCCAGUUUGGGUGAAUUACGAGGGGCUCAACAGACUUGAACUUGAGGAGGAGAGGAGGGAUGCCAGAGGGGACAAUAUGGAAACUUUUAUGUAACAGGAAAGGAAGUCGUGGCGUCCAAACUUGGAAUGCUAAGCAAAGAACGACUGAACUUGAGGAAAGAAGCGUUUCACUUUCAUUCAGCAUUUGAAUGAAAAUUAGACAAUAAAUCCACCACAUGUUAACUUAAAGUCACCGCUGUGUUUCAGUAUCCCGGUUCCUUGCUUCCGGUAUUCUUGUUUACUUCCAUCAUUGCUCACGGGAGAAGUUGUUUACUUCAUUCUGACGCGUCAUCUUUUUAAAAUGUCAAUAAACUGCCACCAUUCACUUACUCCUACUGAAAGGGUGUUUUCACUGGCAGCCUUGCUGGCUUUACAGUAACCAUACUUUGUACACCAGGUAGUGUUAAAGAAUGGUUGACAUGUUGGCCCCAGGAUUUACAGGAACAGGACAAACAUGCUUCUCACAGUCAAACCUGACCAAACUGACGCCAUUUUUGCUCUGCACACUUUCCUGAACACGGUGUGCACACAGACACUGGACAAUCAAUAACUGCUGUGAAUAAUUCCUCCUUUGCCGCAUCGCCACGCAAACACACCUCAGAAGGUGUACGACUGCUGAGGUACUAUGUUCUGCAGCUGCCCCUCUUCAUCCUCCUCCCGCCUCAGAUCGAACGUGCCAGACCUCUACUUUUAUUUUUCUUGUGCAUGGGUUGCUGUUUUUUUGUUUUGUUCAAGAAAUAAGUUCACACAUUUUAAUCAAUUCAGACAAAAUGCUGAACUUUUCCAAAGGGUAGAAUAAUCUGGAUGUGUGGAGAAUGUGUGUAUGAAAUAAAAUGUGUCUUUUUUGUAGUCAUGAUAAGCGUUAUAAAGGGCGAUACACAAGGUGACAGUAAUGGGUGGUCAGUGUUUCAGUGUCAAAAAGCAAUACAGAGUGCUGGGAAAUGAAAAUUCUCACUGACAGGUUUAUUGGUAAUUAAUAAUAAUAAUUUCUUACAUUUAUUAUAGCGCUUUUCCAGAUGCUCAAAGCGCUUUACAAAUACAUGUGUAAUUGCUCUCAGUAAGAAGGUUCCCUUGUGUAUCACUGCUGUAAGUGUUAUGUUUAGCUGUCAGGCUAAGGUGUUCAUACUGUGUUCCUAUUGUGUGUGACUCCUGUCACAGUCCUCAACAUGCUCACUGCUACAUUAUUGCUUUGGUUUUAAUUUAAAUAAAGUUUUUCCUCUCAACAUGUUAAA